AUGGAGGAGGAGGUGGAUUCCCCUGUUGGUGUUCUUGAUGAUUAUUUUUUCCAGAGUUCAGAAUCAGAAACUAGUUCUUCCAAAGAACCCGGUACUACGGAUUCUGAUAUGUCAAAGCCCAGUUCUAGGUGGCAUGCGUUUCUUCAAUUGUUGAGGGUCAAAUCGAAAAAGCCAAUAGCCACAUUACAUCCUCUCAGUGUCCUCAAGCUUUCCAGAAGAUUGAGCAGUGGCAUGAGGGAGACUAUAAUAGAUGCAGAUUCGUCCUUGCAUAGGCCACCCUGGAAGAUCUUCACUCACCAUGAGAUACAAAUUGCAACCAAUUACUUCGCCCAAGAAAAUUGUAUUGGAAAAGGUGGUUAUGCUGAGGUUUACAAAGGGUGUUUACCAAAUGGUCAGCUUCUCGCAAUUAAACGAUUGACACGUGGAGCAGAAAAUGAAACUAUAGGGGACUUCUUAUCAGAACUUGGCAUAAUGGCUCAUGUAAACCAUCCCAACACUGCUAAGUUAGUUGGCUAUGGAGUGGAGGGAGGAAUGCAUUUAGUGCUUGAGUUGUCUGAAAAAGGGUGCUUAGCUUCAGUGCUGAAUGGUUCCAAGGAGAAGCUACCGUGGCCUGUUAGGCAGAAAAUAGCAUUAGGAACAGCCAAGGGUAUAUUGUAUCUUCAUGAAGGUUGUCAAAGGAGAAUUAUCCACAGAGAUAUAAAAGCAUCAAAUAUCUUGCUUACUGAGGCAUUUGAGCCGCAGAUUUGUGAUUUCGGGCUAGCAAAAUGGCUACCAGAGAAUUGGACCCAUCACACCGUUUCAAAAACUGAAGGGACUUUUGGUUACCUUGCUCCAGAAUACUUGCUUCAUGGGAUAGUGGAUGAAAAAACAGAUGUUUUUGCAUUUGGUGUGGUGCUAUUAGAAUUAGUCACCGGGCGAAGAGCACUUGAUUAUUCACAACAAAGCCUGGUUUUGUGGGCAGAACCUUUGCUGAAAAAGAAUCAUAUUAGAGAGCUGAUUGAUCCGUCCCUUGCAGAUGAUUUCGACUGUCGGCAGAUCAAAACUAUGAUCUUGACAGCUUCUUUGUGCAUUCAACAAUCCUCUAUUUGUCGCCCAUCUAUGAGACAGGCACGUUUUCUUCUUUUGAAUGGUGGUAACCUUAGCUGCUCCAGGUUCACCAAGAAAUCUCAACUUCAAUUAUUUCGAAAAGACUUUCAGGAAGAGUUAAUUGAUUCUGAUUAA